AUGGCAGCGGGCACAGCAGAAGCACACAUGGAGGAGCUGGUGGAUCAGGGUCUGGGGAUGGAGGAGACGGCCCACGACAGCCUGCUCAGGAGGCCCUCAUUGAAAGAAAUCUACCACAGCGAUUCACUGCUGGCACCUGACACUGACUUCAUGACAGAUGAUCACAGCUCGGCGGCCAGCGGCCUGGAUGUGGUUGACCGGCUGACCUAUCUGGAGCAAAGGAUGCAGAUGCAGGAGGAUGAAAUCCAGCUGUUGAAGAUGGCUCUGGCUGAUGUGCUCAAGAGACUCAACAUCUCUGAGGAGCACCAGGCUGCUGCUGCAGCUGCUGGAAGGAGAACACCAGGAGCCAAACCCAGGCCAGUGUCUCUGGCUCUGCCCUCCAGACCGCCCAUGAUGACCUCCAGCACUGCCUCCCUGAGGAAGAGCUCCACGCUGCCCUCCAGCUCCACAGCCAGGAACUACAGCCCGACAUCAUCGCGGAGCAGUGUGAGGAGCCCACCAGGUAGUGUGAAGGACAGUCCGUGCAAGUCUGCCAAAGCACGAACCUCCUCUACAGCCUCAACCUCUAAGAAAGUCCAUGAAGGCAAGUCCAAGGAGGCUGCAGUAAGUCUGGGGACGAGGCGUGUGACACAAUGCAAAGUGACUAUGCAGAUCUAUCUGAGCCCCCUCGCAAGAAAGACUGGGUCUUCUGAGGCCGCAAAAUCCGUAGCCACAGUGCCUGCCAACGGCGGGCGCCUGGCCACACCUAACAACCCCCAGGCGAAGGGGGGCACCAAGCUAGAGAUGAGGAGGAAAAACCCAUCCUUCACCUUAAACCUUCAGAAAACCACAACCAGUCAGAACACACCGCAGGAAACAACCAGUUACAAAAGCCCACUUAAAUCCCCCAGCCAAUACUUCCAGAUCUGCUACUGA